AUAAAAUUAUCAUUUUAAAUAUAGAAUCUUAUUGAUAGAAUAAAUUUGUACAUAAAAAACAAUUCUGCUUCUUCAUUUGCUUUCACUUCUAGUUCUAGUACAUCUUAUCGUGUAUUUUUUUACAUGUUUUGUAAAUAAUGAUUAUGUAGCUGUUGCAACUUAUUUACUCGCGAUUUUUAAAAGUUCGUUAUAUAAAAGCAAUGUAUGAGUCAUGGGCAACGGCAAUUAUGUGAAAUUCUUCGUCAUCGUUCUUUGGAAUCUAAGAAGCACAGUAUUCACAAGCCUUGUCAAGUAAUCAUUACUAGAUUGCAUGGUCGGUGUCCAGUAUUAUUCUCAUACACAAUGUAGCUUUGUCAGUGAUUCUAUUAGGUAGUCUACAUAUUAUAGAUCAAUCGAUAUGGAAAAUACGAUAGAUUCGAUGUUAUCGUAUACACCAGUAUACGAUGAAGAGAUUACGAAAAGUUUUGAAAAUAAUUUUUCAAGAAUUAAGGAGGAAUGUUACCUGGAUCAUGCAGGAGCAACACUGUAUUCUGAUAUGCAAAUAAAAAAUGUUGCAUUUGAUUUACACAAUUCUCUUUAUGCUAAUCCACAUUCCAUUGGAACUGCAAGUAAUAUAACUCAAGAUAUUAUAGAGCGUAUGAGAUACCAGAUUUUGUAUCAUUUCCACACCUCUAUUGAUGAAUACAGUAUUAUUUUCACAUCGGGUGCAACUGCGUCUUUAAAGUUAAUAGCUGAUACAUUCUUCUUUAACGAGGAUAAAGAAGAUACCUCUAAUUCAGGGCAUUUUAUCUAUACACAAGAUAAUCAUACUUCAGUUCUUGGCAUGAGAGAAGUUGUUAAUAAAAAAGGAGUAAAGAUAUCUUGUUUGAGUCACAACAAUGCUUUCGAAAUUUUCAAUUCUUCAAAAUCUAUGAGUUCCUAUGAACAACAGAAUAAUUCCACCAAAAGUAAUUCACUGUUUGCUUACUCAGCCCAAUGUAAUUUUUCUGGAUUAAAGUAUCCUUUAACAUGGAUUAAACAUGUACAUAAUGGAAUUCUAUCUAGUGUUGUUUCUGAUACAUCUACAAAGUGGUAUGUUCUACUUGAUGCUGCUAGCUUUGCAUCUACAAAUGACUUAGAUCUAUCUAUCUACAAACCAGAUUUUGUUUGUUUAUCUUUUUAUAAAAUGUUUGGAUAUCCUACUGGAAUUGGUGCAUUACUAGUAAAAAAUGAUAGUGCAAGUGCACUUCAAAAAGUUUAUUAUGGUGGUGGUACCAUAGAUGUUUCGUUGACCUCUGAAUUGUUCCAUAUAAAAAGAAGAACCCUUCAUCAAAGAUUUGAAGAUGGUACUAUCCCAUUUCUCUCUAUAAUUUCUUUGAAACAUGGUUUUGAUAUAUUAUCAUCUGUCACAAUGGACAAAAUUUCAAAGCAUGUAUUCUCACUUGCAAGGUUUCUGCACAGAUCUCUAUUAAUACUUCACCAUGCCAAUGGGAAACCAGUUGCAAGAUUGUAUUGCGAUACUGCCUUCGAUAAUCACGAUAUACAAGGGGGUAUUGUUACUUUUAAUCUUAUGCGGUCCAAUGGUGAAUAUAUAGGAUACAUGGAGAUUUUACAUAUGGCAGCUUUGUUCAAAAUACAUCUAAGAACUGGUUGCUUUUGCAACCCUGGUGCAUGUCAGAGAUACUUAGCAUUAUCGAAUAAGGAAGUUCUUCAGAAUUAUGAGGCUGGAUAUGUUUGUGGAGGUUCAGCAGAUCUAAUAAAUGGGAAACCAACAGGUGCUGUUAGAGCUUCAUUUGGAUACAUGUCUACAAUCAAGGAUGUUCAAACUUUAUUACUUAUGAUCAAAAAGUGUUUUGUGGAUGGGCCACCAAUAAAUAAAAUUCCAGAGUGGUGGUUAGAUUAUAAAAGAGCUUUAUACAAAAAAUAUUAUCAACGUGAUGUAAAUACAAAAGAUGUAACAAACUAUGUUGCAAAUGAUGAUAUGAAUGGAAUUACAGAUAAAUUAAAGAAUAUGAAAAAAUCAGUAACUCAUUUUAUUAAUGACAAUCCAUUUUUUAAACUCACAAUGGACACUAGUGCAACUAAAAAGAAAUGUACUUUAGAACAAUUGUACAUAUAUCCAAUAAAGUCGUGUGGUGCCUAUAAAAUAAUAGGUUCUUGGAAUUUAAAUUCAAAAGGUUUAGAAUAUGAUAGAGAGUGGAUGAUUAUUACAUCUUCUGGUAUUUGUUUAACACAAAAGCAACAUGUUAAUCUUUGUUUACUAAAUCCAAUAAUAUAUAAAGACAGAGGAAUCAUGCAAUUACAUUAUCCAGAAAUGCCUACUAUAAACAUUUCUUUAAAUAGUAGCCCAAAAAAUACUAUAAAUGGUACAGUAUGUCAAAGUAGAGUUUGUGGGCACAAAGUAGAAGGUGUAGAUUGUGGUUCAGAAGUUUCUGAAUGGUUAAGUUCAGCAUUAGGUCUUCCAAAUCUGAGGCUUAUAAGACAAAAUGAUAAUGAGGAUAGUAAAACUAAAUUAUCAUUCGCUAGCCAAGCUCAAUAUUUAGUAAUAAAUAAGGCAAGUGUAUCAUGGCUUAGUGAUAAAAUAUCUGAUACAGGAUUUCAAAAAGACACAAUUAUACAUAGAUUUAGGGGAAACAUGAUAUUAAGCGGUUGUGAAGCCUUUGAAGAAACAAAAUGGGAACAUGUCUAUAUAGGAAAAAAUAGUUUUGUGGUAACUGGGCCAUGCACUAGAUGUCAAAUGAUUUGCAUUGAUCAAACCACCAGUAAAAAGACAGUGGAACCAUUACGUACACUCACAGAACAAUUUCAUGGGAAAAUGAGGUUUGGUAUUUAUUUAACCAAAGAAACUAAAGAAGACGGAAUCAUUACUGUCGGAGAUAUCGUUCAUAUUUUAUAACUGAAUGAUUAACAUAAUUUUUAUGAAAUAUAGAUAAAGGUACUUUAUACAAAGUUAUAUAAAAAUAUGAUUAGAAUUUUAUAUAGAAAAAAAUUAAUAUAUUUUAUAAAUCAUAAAGUAUUGAGGAAUACUUAGUAUUCUUUUCCGCUAUUUUUAUAGAUUGUUAUAUAGAAAACAAUAUUCAUUUUCUUGUUACUAUAGACAUGAUGCACCAUACCUGCCAACAUUACAGAAUUUACUAAAUAUUUUAUAUUAGAAAAAUUAAUAGCUUUCUGCACCAUUAUAUACAUGUGAUACAUAAAAAAUAUAAUAGGAUAUCAAACUUAAAUAUAGUUCACUUGAAUGUAGAAGUACAAAAAACGAAAUA